GUACGGCUGUGGGCCGGACCGUGAGUUGGAGAAAGGGAAUGUCGAUCGGCGACAGAUCGGUUACAGAGGCGGCCGGCAGAAUGGGUGAGUAUUUAAAGAACCUUGAGGGGUAUGUGGGGUUCGCAAAUCUCCCCAACCAAGUGUACAGAAAGUCUGUGAAGAGGGGCUUUGAAUUCACUCUCAUGGUCGUCGGAGAAUCAGGUUUGGGGAAGUCUACACUCAUCAACUCCCUGUUCCUGACAGACUUGUAUUCUCCAGAGUAUCCCGGACCCUCUCACAGAAUCAAGAAAACCGUUCAGGUGGAGCAGUCCAAGGUGCUGAUUAAAGAGGGUGGAGUUCAGCUGCUGCUCACCAUCGUGGACACGCCAGGGUUCGGAGAUGCUGUGGAUAACAGUAACUGCUGGCAGCCCGUCAUUGAUCACAUCGACAGCAAGUUUGAGGAUUACCUCAACGCAGAGUCACGUGUCAAUCGACGCCAGAUGCCCGACAGCCGAGUGCACUGCUGUCUGUACUUCAUCGCCCCCUCUGGUCAUGGACUGAAACCACUGGAUAUUGAGUUCAUGAAACGGUUACAUGAAAAAGUGAACAUCAUCCCACUCAUCGCCAAAGCAGACACGCUGACUCCAGAGGAGUGCCAACAGUUCAAGAAGCAGAUAAUGAGAGAGAUCCAGGAACAUAAGAUCAAAAUCUAUGAGUUCCCGGAGACUGAUGACGAGGAGGAGAGCAAACUAGUCAAGAAGAUUAAGGACCGUCUGCCGCUGGCUGUGGUGGGCAGUAACACCAUCAUCGAGGUCAGUGGGAAGCGUGUACGGGGCAGGCAGUACCCCUGGGGCGUGGCAGAAGUGGAGAAUGGAGAGCACUGUGACUUCACAAUCCUUCGAAACAUGCUCAUCAGAACUCACAUGCAGGACCUGAAGGACGUGACCAACAACGUUCAUUACGAGAACUAUCGCAGCAGGAAACUGGCCGCUGUCACUUACAACAGCGCAGACAACAACAAGACCAAAGGCCAACUCACAAAGAGUCCGCUGGCACAGAUGGAGGAGGAGAGGAGAGAACAUGUGACGAAGAUGAAGAAGAUGGAGAUGGAGAUGGAGCAGGUGUUUGAGAUGAAGGUCAAGGAGAAGAUCCAGAAACUCAAAGACUCGGAGGCAGAGCUGCAGCGGCGUCAUGAACAGAUGAGGAAGAACCUGGAGGCCCAGCAUAAGGAGCUGGAGGAGAAGAGACGUCAGUUAGAGGAGGAGAAGGUCAGCUGGGAGGCUCAGCAGCGCGUGCUGGAGCAGCAGAAGCUGGACGCUUCCAGGACCUUGGAAAAGAACAAAAAGAAGAAGAUCUUUUAAACCACUCGGACCAUCAACACAUCCUAGUUGCCAAUGAAACCAGCCGGGACCCUCAGUCAGUCUGUCGACCAAAACCAUACAUUUAUAUAAAGCCCUAUGUUUUUUGUUUUAGCUCAUUCGUUUUUUUUUUUUUUUUUUUUGUGUGUGACCUGGAAACACUUAUCUCUGUCUUUUUCCACAUCUACAGUACAGCAUCGGUUCAUACACCAGACCUCACAGAAACUGAGAGCGCCUGAUCUAACACAAACAAAGCAUACAAACUUCUCAGAGAUAUGCAAUAUUGUUAGGAUUAUGAAUUUAUAAAGCGCCAAAUUCCCCUCCUGCACCGUGUGUUUGUCUAAUGUUUUCAGAUGCGAGGUCACUUCCUCCUCCUCUCAAUAAAGGCUGAACCUUACCUCAGGCAUUUCUGGCCUU